UCAAAGGUUCCCAAAGCGAGGUAUCUAGCCGUCCGGCAGUCGUCUCACCGAAUCUGUUUGUGGGAGUAUCGACAGCGUUCUGGUGCUUAGGGUGGCGAAGGGAAGGCUGCCUGCAGCGCUGGCAAGACCGUAAAACAGAGGGGGGUAGUUUGCUGAAGACGACGGGCAGGCACAGCAUCGGAGGUGCUGAGGAAGACGCGUACCAGAGAACAGGACGAUGGAUUCGUUUGAUGCGUCCGAGAGCGACGCGACUGAAUCGGCAGCUCAGACCGGUGGUGCCAGUGGGCAGUCAUUUUUAUCAAGAAUCUAUUAUAUGUUAAAAGCAAUAGGAGGGGUACUGAGUGGAGCCUCCGCGUUGAUCCGCAUCAUCCUAAUUAUUCUAGCCAUUGGAUCUUAUAAUUAACGAUCAAGAUUUAAUGAGAAGAUAUAUUUGAUUUACAGCCCACGCAGUCCAUUUAAAGUCCACGUAGGCCCAUGGCCCUAGGGAUUAAUACCUUUCUAAUAGGAACUCACAUAGGGUGGUUCAAUUGGGAAACCGAACGUGUGCUACUAACGAUGAUAUGCAGUUACCGUACAUGGACUUCUACUAACCAUGAUAUGUAGUUACAUGCUUACGAUAUUCCGUUAUCUCUCAUAGUGGAAUCCGGUCUUCUGGCCAUUUAAAAAAAAAGAUACAUGCUUACGUGAAUCACAUGUGACAGCGUGAUUUCCAAGAUAUUUUUCGAAAGCAAUUCAAUAAUAAUUUUACCAUAUCGGGGUACUCAGCCUCCACGUAGAUCCACAUCACCUAAAUUAUUUCCAGCUGUUAGAUAUGAGAUCUACGAGUCCUACAAAUCGUUUGUUUGAUGUUACGUCCUACAAAUCGGUUCGUUUGAUGUUAUGUUCGGCUGAACCUCUAAAAGGAAACACCGAGUCCAAAUAUGUCACGUUAACGUCUCUUUUGGUUUCCUAAGAACAAAACGAACAAACCGCUGGUGGAGCUGGCGUGCCAAAGUAGCAGCAGGAAGCAAUGGGGCGCCGUCGGAUCUGGGCGAGCCGACAUCGAGCUGCUGGACAGGAGAUGGGGAAGGCAUUGGCUGAGUGGUGUCAAGGCUGCCGCAGCAACGUUGGUUGAGGCAGUCAGUGGUGGCAUUGUUUGGGAUGGGAGAGACAUCAACGAGGCGGGCGGCGGCCUUGCCGGUGGCAGUGGUGGUCGAUUUUGGGCAUAUGGUGAGCCUCAGCCUGUACCAGGAAAGGAACAGAGAGAGAAUGGAAAAAAGAGGGGAGAGAGAGAGAGAGAAGGGAAACAACCGUUACUGCAUGUGGAUCUUUCUUCAUGUAGAGAUCAAGGGGAGAGCAAUUUAAUUAGUAGUAGAGACGUAGAUGCAGUUUGAUACAUGUGUUUUUGCUGCUGAUUCACAUGGAUAAUACGGUGUGUAGAAUAGUUUGUAAAAGACACCCCGCUAAUUAAAAAAUAUGUUAAUUAAAUUAUAAUCAUCAUAAUACUCCGUAUUAUAUAGUUUUUUAAGUGCUAUAAAGUAAAAUGAUUCGAUUUAACACGAAAGUUUAGAAAAACGAUUGAAUAAAAUACUAGAAGAGUGAAAUAUAGGGAGUGACCGAGUGAGAUAGGAAGUCUGCCGAAGAAAACACAAAUUUACGGGCCAGAAUCUUUUAUAGGGGAUCCCCAUAGAAUUUGGGGGCUUAAAUUUAGGGAUUCUGCUGGAGUUGCUCUUAGGUAUACAAAUCUCAUGUCUCUGAUUUUAAAAUUACAAAUACGACGAAUAGAUAUGUGUCAGACAUAAUCCAAUAUCAUGAAUUAUACUCCAUCCAUCCGGAUUUAUAAGGCUUGCAUUGAAUUUUGUGUUGAACUUUAACGAACAUUUAUACAAAAAAAUGUAUGUAUAUAAAUGUUAUACUAUUGAUAGAGUUUUUCAAUGCCAAUACAAUGAUAUCUCUUUAUUGUCGCAACAUCGUUGUAUCACUAAAGUAAUGUUUCACCAAAGUUCCGCAUAAAUCCCGUGCGGGCCUUAUAAAUCCAGACAGAAGGAGUAUACCAGUAUGGCAGGAAACCAAAAGAAGCCAAAAGAAAAACGUCAACAACACACAUAAAAAAAAUACAAGAACGAUGAUCAUGUGUUGCCCGCGCAUUUUGUGCGGGCCAUCGUGCUAGUUUCAAUAAAAAAAGUGUGCACCGUUGUAGGUCAGUUCAACGAUUUCAAGCGUCUGGUCGAUAAGAUGGGUUUCCAGGGCAUGAAACAGAUCCACAUGCUCCCAAAAAUCAAUCUAAGGUUUAGCGCCUGGCUAAUGCAGAAGCUGGAUGCGGAUUCAAUGCGUGUCGUAGUGUCUGACAAAUCGAGUAUUGAACUAACUGAAGAAAGUGUAAAGUUGGUGUUUGAUCUGCCCAUGGGGAGCAAGAUAGUAUCGCAGGGACCGGCACAAGGAUUGGCGUUGGCGUCAGAGGUGAUGGCAUUUUACGGAGAAGUCACCAAUAGCCAUGGACAAAAGGGGAUCCACAGCCUCAAAGCUGCUGAAGCAUAUCUUCUUCGACCACUGACGGAAGAGUUGACGGAAUUAGAGAUUGGACAUUUUCAGAUUGCAUUUGCUAUUUUCUUGGUGGGGCAUAUACUUGCGCCAACAUGCAAGCAUGAUUACGUGUGCUUGGAUUUCCUUGAGUCCCUUGUGGUACCAUCACAAAUAGGAGUUUUCAAUUGGUGCCGAUACGUGUUGAAACACAUUGCGCUAGCAGCUCGCAAGUUACAAGCUGAUUUGGCGAAAGGCAUAUCAUCGAUAAACGUUGGAGGCUGCCACCUGUACUUGCAGGUUUACUACAUAGAUCAGCUGGAUCUAGGAUUGCUGAACAAGCCCACUGGUGUAUACCCACGGAUUCCAUUGUACGACUAUGAGUCAGUAUGGAAGAUCAUUGAGCACCUUAGAAUUGAUCAGACGGGAGAGCCCAUGCUCAGUGUUUACAUGGCCGCCACCGAGGAGAAGAACUUGCAAGCCGUCGGUAAUGAAGCAGGCUUUAAUGUCGCACGGUUGGAUACGGAAUUUGGGAAUACACCGAGGAGGACGACACUACCAUUGAGCCUGCAAAGGUGCCAAAAUUCUGAUGUGACGCCUAUCCGGAUCCCACCUUUCGCGAGCCCACUUGAAUGCGGUCCUACACAGUUCUCAAGCUUUCUGAAAUCCAGAUACCCGCAACAUUCUGGGACUAAGAUGCCGAUAUUACUGAGAGAACACCAGGCGCGCCUCGUGCUACACACAAAUGAAUUCUAGCGUAGGUUGCAGGAGGAAUUUUUUUCGUUUGCAAGCAAAAUCCUUGAUGCGACGCCCGCAGGCUGCAAAUGUUGCUCCUCGUCGGCAAAAGGCUCCUGCAAUAUUGGGAACAACACCACGCCUACAGGUGUUGGCAAGAGAUUGGCCUCGGCAACAAACACUGACCUAUUUGACACACCAGCUAAAACGCUGGAAUGCGAAGGUAAUAGAGGCGGGAUGAUGCUAGCGCUUUACAAAUGGCGUGCACAGGCGAAAGCUCUACUGGACACAGUCCAUUGAAACCGAAACUCGGCUCCGGCGGCGAUGGUAGUACACACACGCGGGGGGAUGGCCCACUACGGGGAAGAAGUAGAUACCUAAAUAUUCAUGCAGCUAGUUUCUUUUGUAUAUGCUUUUUUUUUCAUUUUUACU